GUGGAGCGUCAGAGCCAGCAUGGCCUUCUGCCAGCCAAAACAUGGAAGCAUGCGGACUUGUAUUUGCAAAUUAAAUUCUAAUAUUUGAACAGUACAGGAAUCACAGUUUGUCUAUAUGCUUCCUGCUCUUUAACAAACCAAAAAUAAUGGGACAAAUUAACUAUCAAAUAGAACAUUGACUUUUUAUUACCUUAAUAAUCAAGUCACCAGUAUUCUUCCCUUUUGGCUUAACCCAGAGGGAUAAAAUGCUUGCAUGCUUCUUCAAGUAGACAAAGUCAAGUGUGGUUUGUCUUGCAUGGGAAGAGAUUUAUUUUUGUUUCAGGUCACCCAGGCAAUCUGCUAUACCACAGGCUACCUUGAAGGAAGGGUAGCUUAGUUUGCUUGGUUAGAUAACAAGUUUAGCCCUGACAGGACAUUGCAUGGGCCUUAAUAUAGAAACCACUGCCUUCAAGCGUUGUAAAUCAAAUGAGAAGUUACCUCAGGUUGUGAUAUGGUAUUCGCCAACACGAGAAUGCAUAGUGAGGACAAAUAGGUUAGUCCUCCUCUACUUACUGUUAAUGUCUUCCCAGAUGGAAGAGGAUUUUGACGGGGGUCUUGGCAGGCUCAGGAUGGAGCCAAUCUUCCCCUAAGCCCUCCCCAGCACCAUUUGCUGGGAGUGAAAGUGAGAGGGCCACUCCAUUAAGUAUGCUCCUGUUUAAUUGGAUAGAAACAGUAGGAGACAAAAGGCCAGGUUAUUUAAAUCCCACAGUGCUCUGUGGUCUGGGGAGAAAAUCUUUCAAAUUUUGGAGUUACACUUUUUUUAAUUAACAUUGUUAAUCAAUAAUGCAUAAAUAAAGAUGAUUUGAGCAAAUUUCUGUACUAUUUACCAUUUCAGUAGUACCCAAUAAGUAGCUCUCAGUUACAAAAAAUUUGAUCCCCGUUCUAGUUAAUCAUCCCUGAUGAAGUUUGCUGUUCCAUCUGCUGGGCCCUUAUGCACAGGCCAUUGACUUGAUGACACGAUGGGCCACAGCUUUAUUGUGCUCUAAGCUGGUUGAGAUUGACAACAUCCACUGACUUGGGUGUGAGGAUGAAGAGCAGGUGUGGCAGGGUGAGGUGGCAAGUGGCGCCGGUAAAAGAGACGAGACAGACGUUGGAUUUGAAUUGAAGGUAGAAUGGACGGGGGAGGAACAGGGAGAUGCAGAAGGAGGGAGGCAGGUUCUAAGUGGGAGGAAUAGAGAGCGAGCGUGGGAGGAGCAUUUGGCAGUCGGCGCUCGGCUUGUUCACUUUAGAACUUCUCGUGGCGAAGAUCUCACAGAGGAUUUACCAUUGGCAGUUUUAGAAAUUCAAUCGGGACUUUUUUGAGAGGGGCUGGAAUAUUUUUCCAUCUUUAGGCCAACUGGCAGAGCAACCUCCAACUCAGGGAGUAAUAUGAGGAAGCCUUUAAAUGGGCUGGACCCCGGAAUCCGACUCAAGGGCCUCCAUUGGAUUUAAAAGGAGAAACAACAUGCAAACCAAUCGAUGAACCAGUGUGGCCUGUCAGAUCCUCGCCCUUAGAGCCAACAGCACCAUCAACCCAUCAUUUGGUGGGGUGAUUGUAAAUAUUUCCACUCUGCCUGAGAACCAAAGAUGAUGGACUACUUCCUGACAAGAAGUCAAGACACCAUGGAUUCAACCAGCUUUGCUCCGCUUCUCGGACCUCCUCAUAGCUGCAUGAGGCACCGCUACCAGGGUGUAAAGAGGAAACUGCGGUCGGGGCGAAUUCUUGGCUUGAUCUUCAGCAUGGCGGUGGUAUGCACAGUGUGUUCAUGGAGUGCCUUGUCUCUUGUCACCACGGGGGUGCCCAGUGAGCCUGAAUCGGAGGUUUCAGGAGAUGAAGAGGUGCCCCAAAGAACUCUCCUGGAGCACCAGAACGAGUCCAACCCCGGGGGUGACCAACAAACAUCAGAAAUUGAGAUGAAUCACGGGGACUACCCUACAGACUACUUUAGCGUGGAGGACAGACGCCAAGGCUUUGUGGUGUUUCAUAUGUUUGGCAUGUUGUACAUGUUUAUAGCCUUAGCCAUUGUGUGCGAUGAAUUCUUUGUCCCAGCCCUAACAGUCAUUACCGAAAAGCUGGAGAUCUCUGAUGAUGUAGCAGGAGCCACCUUCAUGGCGGCGGGCGGAUCGGCUCCAGAGUUGUUCACCUCCGUCAUAGGAGUCUUUGUUUCCCACAGUAACGUGGGCAUCGGCACCAUUGUCGGCUCGGCCGUCUUUAACAUUUUGUUUGUGAUCGGCAUGUGCGCCAUCUUCUCCAAAGAGGUGCUGAACCUCACCUGGUGGCCUCUGUUCAGAGAUGUCUCCUUCUACAUUGUUGGCUUGCUCAUGCUCAUCUACUUCUUUCUGGAUAAUGAAAUCACACUGAUGGAAAGUAUUGCCCUGCUCACGUGCUACUUCACCUACGUGACUUUCAUGAAGUUCAACGCCAAAGUAGAACUGGUCAUCAAAAGGAUACUGGGCAGCAACCAGGUGAACAUAAUCGAGACUGCACCCAAGGUCAACCCCCCUGCUGCAGAUGAUGAGAACAAACUGAUGGCAAAACCAAGGUUACAGAGGGAAGGUAGCUGUGCUUCACUGCACAACUCAUUGAUGAGAAACAGCAUUUUCCAGCUCAUGAUACACACGCUGGACCCUCUGAGUAAUGAAGGACGAUUCAAAGAGAAGGCAUCGAUCCUUCACAAAAUGGCAAAACAGAAAUGUAAAGAAGAUCUGGCUGCCAGUGCCAACGGUGUUGCAAUUAAAACCAUUCCCACCAGUACCAAGGUCGCAGUGGAAGUCACGCCUCCCAUGAACGGUGUCAUAGGAGACGAGGGUGGCGAAGAGGAGGAAGAUGAAGAUCAGCCUCUGAGUCUGGCCUGGCCUGACACCAAUAGGAAACGUAUCACUUACCUCAUCAUCCUCCCGAUUGUCUUUCCUCUCUGGCUCACACUGCCUGAUGUCAGGAGAGAGACCUCAGAAAGGUUCUUCCCCGUCACCUUUCUUGGCGCUAUCAGUUGGAUUGCUUUCUUCUCCUAUCUGAUGGUGUGGUGGGCACAUCAGGUUGGAGAGACAUUCUGGAUCACAGAGGAGAUCAUGGGUCUGACUAUUCUAGCAGCGGGCACUUCCAUCCCUGACCUCAUCACCAGUGUGAUCGUGGCCCGAAAAGGUCUCGGUGACAUGGCUGUGUCCAGCUCAGUAGGCUCGAACAUCUUUGACAUUACUGUGGGUCUGCCAUUCCCUUGGCUCGUCUACAGCUUCAUCAAUGACUUCAAGCCGGUGGAGGUGAGCAGCAACGGCCUUUUUUGUGCCAUCGUCCUCCUCUUCCUCAUGCUCCUCUUUGUCAUCAUCUCCAUCGCGGCCUGUAAGUGGAGGAUGAGCAAGUUUCUCGGCUUCCUCAUGUUCCUGCUCUACUUUGUUUUCCUCAUCGUCAGCGUCUUGCUGGAGGACAAAGUUAUUAUGUGCCCUGUAACCGUCUGAGAGAGGAGCAUGUUUGGCUACAUUGAUGCCACUUAAUAACUUGAUUUCAGCCGUGAGGCUCCGUUUUGAGGGAUUCUACUUCCUUCACAGGACUGAUGGAAAAUUUACAUGAACAAUGACUGAUCCUGAUGAGUCAAGCAAGGUUCAUCAUCAGCGAUGAUGACUUGUGUGAAAAACAUUUCUUCAACCCGAAGUUACUUUAUGUGAUUUAUAAUAAGAGGAUUGAAGUGGACAUUAUUUGUGUUGCAAAGCUCUGGAGGGGAUUCCAAUGAUCAUGGAGGGGAAAAAAGAGACACUUUAUUUGUGUGAAAGCUAGAUGUUCAAAUGUUUUAUUUCAUGCACUGCGUCAAUAUCAUCAGUGUAGUUCAUCAGAAUCAUUUGCACAGUUACUGUUCAUUCAUUCAUUUCAUGAACAAACACAAGCUGUUUUCAGUACAGUAUACACAUUUUUAUCUGACUGUGGUGACGUCAUUUUGUUUCAGCAACGAGUGACAAAAUGGCAGCCCCCUGAUAUGAAAAAAAAAAGCCCCCCAGCUAUGCUACUGUGGUUCAACAGAAUUAUUUAAAAAAAAUACUCAUGAAACAGGCCUGGACCAAAACGAUUCUACCCCUAGAAAAGAUUGAAAAUAAUUUGAGCAUUCAACCAAAGUAUGUUCUCUAAAGCAAGUGUCUUCAAACUUGUAAAUAUACUUGUAAUUGACUUGUAACUAUAUCAAGUCUUGUAAUUAUAUCACGUUACUGUGCCGUUUGGCGACAUGAAGUGGACCACAGUAAACAUGGGCCACAGGAAGCGAUGGAGAGAAUUGUUGCAGAAGAUUAGAAAUAAAAUUACAGAAAUCUACAGAAAGCACUCCACCAGUUGUAACAAUAUUCAAAUCUUCUGAGAAAGACUUAAAAAAAAACAACAUGUCUGUGAAAUGUGUCACAAUUUUCUCUUGGAAUUCAGGCUAAAACGUUUUUUAAAAUGUACCUUAUAGCACUUAGCUGAAUAAUUCAGAUCUACGGGACCUACGUACAGUAAGUGGUAAGUCAUUCAUUCAUCAUCAUUAAAUAUUGUCUCAAUAAUUAAAGGUCCGCUAAAGGCAGUCAUUAUUCCUGAAUAACACACCAUCUGCUGCAUUUGAUCUUGUAAUUCAAGUACAAUUUUGUGUGACAACUUUUUCAGUGCAAUUUUAACAACACAUGAUACACGUACUGUAUAGUCAAAGUGUCAGUUGGUGAGGUGCUGCAAACUGGUUUUUUUCCCCUUUAUAUUUUUCCAAGACUCACAAACUUUUCUUUCAUAUUCAUCUGCAUUUAUUUGUGUGUUUCUCUUUUCUCUCUGGUUAACAAUCUAGAAGUAGAACCUAUUUAGACAAACAUAUCUUGCUAUCUAUUCCAAACAACAACACCACAGAUACACAUCUCAAUUCUCUUCUCUCCAACGAUAUAAAAUGAACUCAGAUAAUUUUCAGGAUAUGUUCUAUUUUGCAUUUAUGUGUAUAAUUGUAAAAAUAUAUAGGUCUAUAUUACAACACUGUAUAUAAACUCCUGUAUGUAAUCAUAGUCAAUUCAAUGUCUAUUCUCGGGAGUCAGCUUUAGGGCACUCAUGCAGUAAUAUUUUAAAUUGUUGCUUUGAUGAUUAUCAAUGUCCAUUGCAAAAAUAUCUGCAAGAGUUCAUCCAUCAUUGACCAACAUUUUUGUUGUUGUUGUAAAUUUCCAUUUUACUGUCAUGCAAGCAUGGAAUCCUUCUCGUUUGUUACUUGAAUUGUGUAUAACAAUGUAUAAAAAUGUAAUUCCUCAAUUUACUGUAUAAAACAUGACUAAAUAAAUUAAUGCUGAACUAUAAACAGCAA